AUGACUGGUCGCCGCCGGUUCAACUGUAUCUCCGCGCAACGGGAACUCGCCAUGGGCAAACAGAGCUACGAAGAAGUCCUGAACGAAGCACGUGGGAGAAUUCUUCCUGAACACCAUCCGAUCACUAUGCAGGUGAGCCGUGUUUUGCAGCGCUUGAUCCCACAGGCGCCGAUCGAAGGGGCAGACUGGAAGGUCCAUGUGAUAAAGGAUGAUGAUAUGCUGAACGCCUUCGUUCUUCCCGGCGGCAAAGUGUUCGUAUACACCGGUAUCUUGCCUAUCUGCAGAGACGAGGAUGGUUUGGCGGCCGUACUAGGACAUGAGAUUGCUCAUGUGGUGGCGCAUCAUCCGGCGGAGCGCAUGAGUAAUAAUAUCAUCACCAUGGGUGCCGCAUUCUUUGUCUCCAUCGUUUUCGACAUUUCUGGACAAUUUUCCUCAAUGCUUCUGAACCUUGUGCACGGCCUACCAAACUCGCGGACACAGGAGGCCGAAGCGGAUGAGAUUGGGCUAAUGAUGAUGUCGAGAGCCUGUUUCAAUCCGGAGGCUGCAGUUAGAUUGUGGGCACGCAUGCAAGAAGCUGAGCAGGGGGCGCCGCCUCAAUUCCUGUCAACACACCCUUCAAGUUACAACCGCAUGGAGGCAAUUCGUGGAUGGUCCAUUAAAGCUGAAGCGGCGUAUGAGGACAGCGGAUGCCAUGCAAUUGGAGGCUUUGGUAAGGGAAAUGCCCCUCGGGGUGCAAACCAAACAAACACCCGCCUGCAGACCAGACCGUCUCCAAGCUCUCCGAAGCUCUUUGUCAUUAUGUCGUUGUCUAUGCCCGGGCCUUCCCAGGCCGGCCUUUUCAAGCCUGGUUAUCAGAGCCACGAUGCCGAAGAUGGAGCCGUCAUUCGUAACAUCGAAGCCUGCCAGGCUAUCUCCCAGACCGUCCAAACGUCGCUUGGUCCCUACGGCCGCAACAAGAUCGUCAUCAACCACCUGCAGAAGAUGGUUCUUACCUCGGAUGCUGCUACUAUUCUGCGCGAGCUGGAAGUCGUACAUCCCGCCGCCAAGCUACUCGUCAUGGCCAGUCAGCAGCAGGACAUGGAGAUGGGUGACGGUACCAACCUGGUUAUCAUCCUGGCUGGGGAGCUCUUGAAGAAGGCUGAGGAAUUACUCCGGCUGGGAUUGAAGUCGAGUGACAUUGUCCAGGGCUAUGAGAAGGCACAGAACUUUGCCCUGAAGGUACUAGAAGACCUCGAGGUGGAUCGUCUGAAGGAACUUCGUUCUGAAGGAGAGCUUAGCAAGGCUCUCCGUACAGUCGUUGCCAGCAAGCAGUCCGGCACGGAGGACUUCCUGGCCUCGUUGGUCGCGGAGGCCGUUCUCGCUGUUCUGCCUAAGAACCCCGUCAAUUUCAACGUCGAUAAUGUUCGUGUAGUGAAGAUCAUGGGUGGUAGCUUGGAGCACUCUCGCGUGGUUAGGGGAAUGGUUCUUGGCAGAGAGCCCGAUGGUACUGUCAAGAAGGCUUCUAGGGCCAAGGUCGGCGUGUUCAGCUGCCCCAUUGACAUUUCUCAGACCGAGACCAAGGGCACUGUCCUAUUGAAGAGUGCAGAUGAGAUGCUUAACUUCACCAAGGGUGAGGAGGAACGCCUCGAAUCCGCCAUAAAGGAGCUCUAUGACUCGGGUAUUCGCGUCGUUGUUGCUGGUUCCACCGUUGGUGACCUGGCUAUGCACUACCUCAACCGAUUCAAUAUCCUUGUGAUCAAGAUCCUCUCCAAGUUUGAACUUCGCCGACUCUGCCGUGUCGUCGGCGCCACCCCUCUUGCCCGUUUGGGUGCCCCCAUGCCUGAUGAAAUGGGCAGCAUCGAUGUCGUCGAGACCACCGAAAUCGGCGGUGAUCGUGUGACCGUAUUCCGUCAAGAGGAGGCCAACACCGUGACCCGGACCGCCACCAUAGUUUUGCGUGGAGCGACGCAGAACCACUUGGAUGACGUUGAGCGUGCCAUCGAUGAUGGCGUCAAUGCCGUCAAGGCCAUUACCAAGGACCCCCGUCUGGUUCCUGGCGCAGGCGCUACCGAAAUCCAGCUCGUGGAGAGGAUCUCUGCAUUUGCCGAUCGGACCCCCGGUCUUCCCCAGCAUGCCAUUCGCAAGUACGCCGAGGCUUUCGAAGUCAUUCCGCGUACGUUGGCGGAGUCUGCUGGUCUGGAUGCUACCGAGGUUCUGUCCCGUCUUUACACAGCUCACCACCGUACCAGCAAUGGCGCCGAAGCCUCUUCAGAAGGGUCGACAGAGGGUAGCUCCGAGGAGGAGGAGCCCUACUGGACGGCCGGUGUUGAUCUCGAAUCGGGUACUUCUGCGGGAACCCUGGAUGCCGCUGAGGAGGGUAUUCUUGAUUUGAUGGCUUCCAAGAGCUGGGCUAUCCGGCUGGCCAGCGAGACCGCUCGCACAAUCCUCAGUGUCGACCAAAUCAUCGUCGCUCGUCAGGCAGGUGGACCAAAGCCACCUGGCCCCAACGCUAACUGGGAUGAGGAUUAA